AUGGAGCAGGCUCUAGAACGAGCUUUGGAUCGUGCGGAGUAUAUCAUUGCAAGUGCCCGACAGAGACCUCCGGAAAGGAAAUACCCAUCUAAUGGGGAGAAGUCUCUCUAUGAAAAACUUUAUGACAUUUAUGUUGAAGAAUGUGAAAAAGAGCCUGAGGUUACGGAGGAAUUAACAAGCAACGUGAACCUGUUAGAGAAGCUUCUUAGGAGAGAGUCGUUGCCGUGUUUGGUGGUCAACCUGUACCCAGGAAAGGAGGGCUAUUCGCUGAUGCUCAAGGGGGAAAAUGGAUCAUCUUCGGAGAUCAUCCGACUGCCCUAUGAAGAAGGGGAAUUGCUCGAAUACUUGGAUGCAGAAGAAUUACCUCCUGUUUUAGUGGGUCUCCUGGAAAAGUCUCAGGUUAACGUUUUUCAUCACGGGUGUGUGAUAGCAGAAAUACGGGACUACAGGCAGUCCAGCGACAGGGAAGCUCCCCAUUACCAAAGCAGGCAUAUUCUCUUACGUCCCACGAUGCAGACUUUAGCCUGGGAUGUAGAGGCCAUAGCCAGCGAUAACCAGAAUUGGACCCAGGAGGACAAACUUUUGCUUGAGAGCCAACUGAUCUUAGCUACAGCUGAACCACUGUGUCUAGACCCUUCUGUAUCAGUAGCGUGCACUGCAAACAGACUGCUCUAUAACAAACAAAAGAUGAACACUCUUCCCAUGAAAAGGAACUUCAAGAGGUACUCUAUGGCCUCUCUGAAUCGGCAGCAGGAGCUGUCUCGUCCACCUUCUCCUGAGCUAAGAGCCCUGACUUCCUGCAAAAGAAUAAGAGAAAGUAAAACAGGUGGGAAUUACGGCCUCAAAACUUUUAAAGCAGGAAGUUGUGUAGAUAUGUGGAAACAGAGACGCUGUGACUUGGCUGUACCUUCUGAAGUGGACAUGGAGAAAUAUGCUAAAGGGAAGAAGUCUGUCGGAUGUGAUGACUCACAACCAACAGUCUGGCCAGUGCAUGAGGUACAAGGUGAUCUUGCAUUUGGAGGUGACGCUGGCUACCAGUCCCAGGCAACAAGGCUGACCGUCAGGCAGCUGACUGAUAAUUCACUUGCCUCUGGAAAAGGGUCCGGUACAGAAGCCACGUGGGAGAGACAGCUGUCUCCCCCCCACUCCUUCGCAGAUGACCAUCCCUACAGUUUCCCGCCCGGGGCAGAGUCUGAUGCUGGGAGAGUGGUCAGUCGGCCCGAGGAGUCGGUCCAGGAGAGCACCCAGUGUCCAGUGCAGAUGUCACACAGCUCCAGUGGCUCAGCCGGUCUCAGGCAACCUUCUCCAGGGAAAGAACCAGAACAGCCUAAGACUGGGUGGGUUCAGUCUUCAGUGCCCGACAGCGGAGCCACACAUCCACCUCCACCCAUGCGACUUCCUUGGCACUCAGGAAGGAGCUCCUGGGGUGAGAGUCUCACUUCACAGCAGGCAGGCAGCUCUCAGGGGAAUCCAGCCGGGCCACCUGCCCGCAGGAGCUCUGCCGCCGCCGCCGCCGCCGCCGCCGCAGCCUCCUCCUCCUCCAGAGAAAAACGCUUCGGAUCUCAGACCCUUUCCUGUGGUGCAGCUGCCCCGCGGUUCGCUCCUGUGCAGCAGCCAGCAGCCGGCCCCGCAGCCGCGCCUCCCCCAGCUGCUUCCCCUGCAGUGGCCCUGCGCCCCGCCUCCUCGGCUGCCGGCGUCCCAAGGACUGGGGUCACGGGGUCCGAGGGCACAGGGUCCGGAGGCACAGGUUCCGGGGGUACAGGAUCCGGGGGCACAGGUUCCGGGGGCACAGGUUCCGGGGGCACAGGGUCCGGGAGCACAGGUUCCGGGGGUACAGGAUCCGGGGGCACAGGUUCACAGGGCGCCGCCGUUCCCAACACGGUCGUGCGUGCCGAGGAAGCCGUGGUUGUUCACCUCGGUGCAGAGGACGGCUUCCAGCCGCCCCAGGUGCUCGUGUUGUCCCCGCCGGGCUCUGGCCUGAGCAGCCCCGUGCUGAGUCCCCUGCAGCAGACGGGCUGGGCCUUGGCGGCCCCGCGGCCGCAGUUGCAGUUCAGCGUGCACGUGCGCCGCCGCGCCGCCGCGCCUUGCCCUCGGGGCCCGCAGCCCAGCAGCCAGGCCGCGGGGACCGCGGAUAGAGGCCCGCCAGCCGUUCCCAAGCCCUGA